AUGGACCAACAGGCUGGGCCACCUACGUACAUAUCGCAAGACGCGAUACUUUUACCACAAGUCACUGAGACUCCGGAGGAAGUGACCCGGAAGGUGAAUCUAGGGGAGGACGGGGCUGAGUUGGGGCCGGUUCCGCAGGUGGAGGUGAAGUUGUUUGUGGGGCGAGUGCCUAGGACUAUGGACGAAAAUUCGUUACGGCCAUUGUUCGGUGUGUUCGGAACGGUGACAGACAUCAUGAUAAUCAAGGACCGAGGCACAAACACGCACGGCGGGGCGGCAUUUGUGCGUAUGUCCUCACUUUCUCAUGCGGAUGCGGCGAUCCGGGCCUUGAAUAAUCAGUGGACACCGGAGGGUUCGACGGAACCGUUGCAAGUACGCUAUGCCAGUGGAGAGUCGGACAAGCUGGGCAUGCCACCUGAAGCGGCUGCACCGGGUGUGAACGCUGCCAAACUAUUUGUAGGCUCAUUACCGCGCACUGCUACGGAGGAAGAAGUAAGGCUACUCUUCAAACCAUAUGGCGCCGUCGAUGAAGUCUUCAUCAUGAAAGAUCCCAUGACCAACCAAAGUCGAGGAUGUGCAUUCGUUAAACUAGCCUACAAGGAACAGGCUCACUAUGCCAUCAAAAAACUUAACGGAACCCAGCCUUUACCCAACGCGCCACGCGCACUCGAAGUCCGCUUCGCAGAAAGCAAAAAGACUUCCCCCCCGCCCAACAGCAUGGCCCCAUUUGGUAUGUAUGCGAGCGCUCCGCGAAAUCAACAGCAGCCCAUCAACUCCCCCGGCCUAGGACUUGCGGCAGGCGCCCUCCAAAAUAUGCCCGCAGCGGCCGCGCUGCAGGGCAUUCCUGCUGCUGCCGCGGCUGCUGCUUUGCAGGGCAUUCCUACUGCUGCUGCUGCUGCCGCCGCCGGCAUGCCUACCAACCCCGGCUUAGCCACUGGCAUGGCCAGUGGCCUGGCCGGAGGCCUGGCCGGAGGCCUGGCCCAGAAUGGGCUCGUGGCCUCGCCCGGCGGCCUCGCGGGCAUGGCCGCCACCGACAUGGCUGGACUCGGCGGCGCCUUUGGGGCCGGGUACGCAACAAAUGCGCAUCCGCGGAGCUCCGGAGCCUGGAAGGAGUACUUUGACAACACGGGUCGCCCGUAUUACCACAAUGAAGCGACGAACAAGACGCAGUGGGACCGGCCGCUCGAGUUCCUGCCGCUGGACAUGCGGCCUUUGCAGCCGCCCUUGCAGCCACAGCCGCAAAUGCAAGCCCAGAUGCAGGCCCAACCGCAAGCUCAGAUGCAGGCGCAAAUGCAGACCACAGAUAACACUACCUCGGGACCUGCCGGUUCGAACAUCUUCGUGUUCCAUGUCCCGAAUGACUGGACGCAUGACGACCUCUACGACGCCUUCUCCGCUUUCGGCCCCAUCGUAAGUGCGCGAAUUGCGACAGAUAAUCUCACCAACCGUAACAAAGGCUACGCCUUUGUCUCCUACGCCACCAUCCCCAGUGCCGUCCAAGCCGUACUCCAAAUGACUGGCUAUCCCGCGGGCAACAAACGACUCAAGGUCACAAUCAAAAAAGGCGAAGAACAUUUCGCCGCUCCAUACUUCCCCGCCAACUCACCCACGAGCUGA